AUGUCACUUAGAAUCCUUGAUAUAAAGCAAGUUGCACGGGCAGUUCACUGUAUUAGGCCAUAUUCUACACAUGUAUCCAACCACAUUGAAAAGAAGCUGAUCUACACAUCUCCCAAUGUCGGCUUGGUGAAGCUUGUCAAGAAGUUUUCAUUAUCGACCCUGGGUAUUUCAGCUGUAGCUACUCCUACUGUCAUGUAUUUCUGGCAAUCACCAGCAGUGCAAGCUGCAGACAUGAAUAGCUCCAUGUUUAUCGGUGCUGUCAUGGCAAGUGCAUGUUCUACAGGCGCAUUGUCCUUUCUGUUAUCUCCCUACGUCAAUUCAAUCUACUUGCAUGUGCUCAAGCAGCAAAAUGAAAGCAGCAAGAAACUACCUGCUAUUUCACCCAAUUCCACCAUUUCUAUCGAGACACUGGACCUCUUUGCUCGUCGUCGUACAACAACGCUACAACUAAAAGACUUGAAGCCUGUCGCAAGCUCAUCGUUUAUGACAUGGACGGUUAAUAAGCGAGUGUUGGAAAAGCAAUAUGCAUUGGAACAAACCAAGGGAGUCAAACCAAAGAUCAAUCAACAUCGAUUCUGGUUAGAUCAACGAAAUGGCAUGGGCGAUAGAGACAUCAUGUCGAGUAUCUUGAGAAUCGUUCAUGAGCAAGGUCGUCAACGCAUGAUUUAG